GAGACUGGAGACAAACACGUGAUGAGCCCUGCUUAUCAGGUUUAGUGCGAGAGACACACGGCGCAGCGCAGGCCCCGAGCCCCGCAGGAAUCCGCCGCAAAAACUCCGGAAAACGGGAGAAAAUCUACUUCGUCCACGAGUUUCAUCACCACGGAGCCCGCGGACGCAGAGUUUUUUUUCCAGAAGAGGAGAGAAGGAAGCGAAGGAAGCAACAGGAGGAGGCGAGCGAGGAGGGAGGAGGCAGGAGGAGGAGGAGGGAGAGUCGGAGUAAAGUUUGUCCAAGUUUGCACAUCCCUUCGGAAGGAAACGCCAUUUUGAUUGCUCUCCUCUCCGCCGCAGCCUCCUCUCCCGCUGCGGUUCUUCCUCGUCGGGGGCUUCGGCGCAUCUCUCCCCGCCCGAGCAUCCUCCCGAACCCGACCGGAGCCGGGGCUUCGGAGGGGCUCUUCCCCAGCCCACGGGCCCUCCUCCUCCCGCCGCCGCCGCUGCCGCUGCCGCUCCAUCCCCAUCAUCCCCCCUUCGCCACGAUGUCCAGGCGCAAGCAGCCCAACCCCAACAAAGUCAACCCCGUGAUGGAGACGAGCGAGGACCCGAGAGACCUGAGCCCCGACCAGAGUCCAGACCCCAAACCAGACCAGAGACCAGACCUGAAACCAGACCAGAGUCCAGACCAGAGUCCAGACCCAAAACCCGACCAGAGUCCAGACCUGAAACCACAAGAGGCCCACAACGAAAAAAUGAACGGUUUGUCAAAUCCGGAAGAAAAAUUAACAAACGGAGAAUCAGAGGAACCCAUGGAGACCGAACCGGAACCUGAGACCAAACCUGAGUCCAGACCAGAGUCCCGACCUGAGACCAGGCCCGAAACCCGACCCGAGUCCAGGCCAGAGUCCCGACCCGAGACCGGGGACCUGUCGUCCAUAAACGAGAUGAUGUCAGCGGUGAUGUCGUCGGGGGUGAUGUCAUCGUCGACCAUAAAUGGAGAGGGGGAGGAGCCAUGUGAGAGCGCCGCGUCCGCCAACUCAGCCGGACCCUCGCCGAGUCCGUCUCCCACAAAGACUCUGACGUCGGCCAUGAGAGCCCCGCCCAGCAGGAACCAGAGACGCACACAGGACUCCAGAGACGACAGUGCGUUUGUGUGUCCACUGUGUGACAAGAACUGUCAGACCCAACACCAGCUCACCAUGCACAUCCGACAGCACAACGCCGACACCGGGGCGUCAGAUCACAGCUGCAGCAUCUGUGGGAAGUGUUUAAGCUCCGCCUCCAGUCUGGACCGACACAUGUUGGUCCACAGCGGAGAAAGACCCUACAAGUGCUCUGUGUGUGGACAGACCUUUACCACCAACGGGAACAUGCACCGACACAUGAAGAUCCAUGAGAAGGACCCGGCGAGUGGUCUGGUUCUGCUGAGCCCCCCCUCCCCCUCCCCCACCAAACGCCGACGCCCCAGUGUGAAGAGGAGGGGGGGCGACGAGGGAGACGAGCCCCCCAGCAAGAAGACGGUGGAGGAGGCGUGUGUGGAGGACUCGUCUGUGACUCCGACUAAAACAGUAGAAGAAGAGCUGCCCUGCCCCAUCUGCUUCAAAGUCCUGACGUCCAGACUGGAGCUGGACGCACACAUGGACACACACCCCGACACCACACUGAGGUGUGACAUGUGCUGUCUGACGUUCCGGACUCACCGCGGGCUCCUGCGUCACAACGCCGCCGUGCACAAGCUCCUCCCCCUGGACCCGAGCGGACGCCCGUUCAUCCAGAACAACCCGUCCAUCCCGGCGGGCUUCAACGAGCUCGCCUUCAUCGACUUCUCCUGCGCCAAGUUCAGCCUCAUCGCACAGGUUUGGUGUGAGACGAAUCUUCGUCGUUGUAUCUCAAAGUUCCAUCGUUUUGUUUGUGAGUCAUGUGAUCGGGCGUUCCCUCUCUCCUCCGCGCUCGACCUGCACGACUGCUCCGCCCACAAACCCGCCGGCGUCCAAUCGGGAGCCCAGGACCUCAAAGACCCCGCCCACAAACCCGCCGGCGUCCAAUCGGGAGCCGGGGAACUCAAAACCCCCUCCAAGAACCACCAGGAGAACCAAGACCAGACCACGGACCAGGACCAAGACCAAGACCAAGACCGGGACCAGGACCAGGACCCGGAGCAGAGCAGAGACCAGGGGCAGGAGGGUUUUCUGGAGGCUCUGGGACUCAAACUCACGUCUAAGAUCCCUGUGGGUCCGUCGGAGGCCGAGCUGGUCCAGGCUCGUCUCGACAGUAUAAAGACGAUCCCCGUGGACCCGUCGUCCGUCCACACGGAGGCGCUGUCGCUGGGCCUGGCUCUGGGCGUGCCGCUGUUUCAGACCGGCUUUCUGCUUCAGUCGGAGGGCGGGGCCACGGGCUCCGAGGCUCCGCCCCUCGUGGACCUGGCGGGUCUCCAGCACAUCCUGCAGGUGGCGGCGGCGACGCCCAAUCAGAUCGCUCUGAGCCUGAAGGGCGGAGCCACAGGCGUGUCGUCUCAGAAGCCGCCGCUGAAGCCCCGCCCCCCUCCGGCCCCUCGCUGUGGUCUGGCGUCGACUCCUCCUCCUCCGGCGCCGGCGUCUCUGGGCUGCAUCUCUCCGUCUCUCCCUCCUCCCGCUCCUCUGUUCAACCCCCCUCCCCCUCCCUGUCCCCUCGCUCUCCCCUCCUCCCCCCCUCACAGUACUUCCCUCUCCCCGGACGACUCGGUGAGCCGUAAAGCGGCGGCGGCGGGGGCGGGGUCUCUCUCGUGCCGUUACUGCGCGCAGACGUUUCAGUUCUCGGCUCAGCUUCAGGCUCACCUGCGUCAGCACCUGGGGGCGCUGCAGCUCGGCGUCCUGCCGCAUCAGUGUAACAUCUGCGAGUACGUGGCGCCGGACAAAGCCACGCUGAUCCGCCACCUGCGCACGCACAGCGGCGAGCGGCCGUACGUGUGCCGCGUGUGCCACUACCCCUUCACCGUCAAAGCCAACUGCGAACGCCACCUCCGAAAAAAGCACAACAAGACCUCGAGGAAGGACAUCGAGAAGAACAUCAAGUACGUGACGUCCACGGCGACCAACAACAUCACCGCCGCCCUGACCGCCGCCGCCGCCACCGUCGCCAAGGCCCAGGCCGAGGAGGCGGAGACUCUGUGUCGUUUCUGUGGGGAGGAUUUAAAGUCGUACCGCGCGUUACAGAUUCACCUUCGGACGCACAACGGCUGCCAGAGGAAACCGUUCGAGUGUCGCCGCUGCGGCGCCGCUUUCCUCGCCAAACGAAACUGUAUCCACCACCUCCUGAAGCAGCACCCCGAGGUGCAGGAGCGAGAGAUCGAGGAGCACAUCCAGACUCUGCCCCCGGCCAAUCUCGCCGCCAACGUCACCGCUAACGCCAACGUGGCGGCCCAGAGCCGAGCGGUGAACGGGCUGCAGAGCGUGAAGCUCGAGGCCGUUUAUCCCUCGGACUCGGAUCAGCCUCUGGACUUUUCGGCCAAAGCGUCUCGCGGCGCCGCGUGCGGCGUGAAGACGGAGCUGAUCGAAGGGGGCGGGGCCAGCGACGAGCCCAUCGACCUGUCCGUGCCGAGCAAACGCCAACGCCGCGACCCCGACGUCAAACAGGAGAAGACCGCCGACGUGUCCAGAGACGAGAAGAUGGCCGCCAACGUCCUGGCCUGUUUCCUGUCGUCCUCGGGCCCCGCCCCCUCCGGCUCCGCCCCUUCCUCCGCCGGCCCUGCCCCUUCCUGUCUGCGGGCGGCUCGUCUGAAGCCGCUCCUGCCGAAGCCUUCGUCCGCGUCCUCGGAGCUGCCGCCGCUCGCCUCCAUCGCUCAGAUCAUCAGCUCCGUCUCCACGGCGACCGACCUGCUGCGGCGGGAAACGGUCACCGCGGCGACGGUGGCACCAGGGGGCGUGGUUAAAGCAGGAAGUGCAGAGGUGAGGGCGGAGCCAGACAGAGAGACGACUCAAGAGGACGACGAUCCGGCCAGGAAACGUCCUCGGAAGAAGCCGGCCCCUAAAGGCCCCGCCCUCGACCUGGAGUCCAGCGGAGAAUUCGCCAGCGUCGAGAAAAUGUUGGCGACAACCGACGCCAACAAGUUUAGCCCAUAUCUGCAGAGCGCCCAGAGCACCCAGAGCACCCAGAGCACCCAGAGCACCCAGAGCACCCAGAGCACCACCAGCACCACCAGCACCACCAGCACCCAGCAGGGGGCGCAGGGCGGAGCCAAGAAAGAAGACGCUGUGUCAGAGAAUAAGGAGGAGCCCAAAGCUCCAAAAGGAAAGAAAAACGCCUACUCCAACUCCGCCCAGAAGAUGACCUGCCCCUUCUGCCCCCGAGUCUUCCCCUGGGCCUCGUCCCUGCAGAGACACAUGCUCACGCACACAGGUCAGAAGCCGUUCCCGUGUCCCAAAUGUGACGCCUUCUUCUCCACCAAGUCCAACUGUGAGCGCCACCUGCUGCGCAAACACGGAGUCACCAACAGAACCCUGCGGAGGAACGGAGCGCUGGUCAAGAAAGACGAGGAGGGAUCCCACGAGAGCGCGGAGUCUCAGUCUGAAGCGGAGCCGGUUCUUCCUGAAUCGGAGCCGAAACCCUCAGAGACAAACCCCGCCCCCAACUCUCCUCCGGUCCAAUCAGAGCCUCAGGGGGAGGAGCCUGCUGCAGUGAACCCCGCCCACAACCCCAAACAAGAUGGAGCUUCGCCGGAGCAGGUCUCGACCAAUCAGAGCGAGCCAUCGGCGCCGCCACAGGAGGCGCUGGAGAGCAGCAGCACAGAGAGACAGAACAGCGGAGCAAAGUCGGAAAGCGCCGACGAUGACGAUAAUCACAGCAACAAAAGUCUGGACCUGAACUUCGGACGCAAACUCAUCGACUUUAAGCUCAGUGCUGCCCCCAGUGGCCCCUCCCAGGACGAGCAGCAGCCCCCCGCCAACGCCGCCGCCAACGCCGCCGCCAACACCACUAACCCGGACUCGGGCUCGUCCAAAGAGCUCAAACACGUCUGCCGCGUCUGCCACAAGAGUUUCCGCUACAGCGCCACCUUAACCCGCCACGAGAAAGCCCACGCCAACGAAGAAACGACGAGCGCGACGGAGGAGAGGGAGCGAGAGAGCGAGAAGACGGAGGAGCGGACGGAAGAGGAGGAGGACGAGCGCGAGGAAGAGGAGGAGAAGAUGUCGGAGAGCGCGUCAGAGCGAGAGGAGCGCGGCGAGAGCGAGCUGGAGAGCGCUGACUCCGAGUCCGAGGAGCGAGCGAGACGACGGACGCAGCGACGACGACAGCGGCUCCGAGGGGCGGGGCCAGGCCGGCGACGAGGGGCGGGGCCAGGCCAGAGGAGAGGGGCGGGGCCAGAGCGGAGCCAACAGUCGAGUCGACAAACGCAAAAAAAUCUGCAACGUCUGCGGGAAAAAGUUACUGUGAGAGAGGCUCAGGUCCUGAGGUGUUUGAACUCAAAUGUGGAGAACCUGGAGAACCUGGAGAACCUGGAGAACCUGGAGAACGUGGAGAACGUGCUGUGUUUCUCAUGUUCCCUGUGUUCCUCAGGAGAACGUCCGUACCAGUGCUCCACCUGUGAGAGGACCUUCACUCUGAAGCACAGUCUGGUCCGACACCAGAGGAUCCACCUGAAGCCCAGAACCACCGACGAGACGGAACACGGCGAGGAACACGGCGAGGAACACGGCGAGGAACACGGCGAGGAACCUGGAAACAACCAGGAACCAAACCCGGAGAACCACGAAGAACCCAACGAGGAGCCCAGAUCUGCUGAGGAGACCAGCGAGGAGGGGGACUCGUGCACGCCCCAGGCCACGUGCACACUCGCAGAGAAGAAAGGAGAAGAUCAGGAGGAAGAAGAAGAACCGAGCACAGACCGAGAGCAGGAGUCCGAGAAACCUGCUCCAGAAAUGAAGCAAAAAACAUCUGGAAAUGUGGAGGAAACUUUGGAAAACUCUGAAAAAAGUUUGGAAAAAGGAUCUGAAAUCCCAAACACAAAAGCGGCCGAGGAGAAACCAGAAGAAGCCUGCAGUGAGACCAGGUCUGCAGAAGCUCCAGAGGCUCCAGAGGCUCCAGAGGCUCCAGAGGCUCCAGAGGCUCCAGAGACGGGGGGCGGCGCGGCUCACGGGGCCCAGGAGGAGAGCUCCGAGUCUGGGCAGACGCGGCCGCAGCAGACCCCCCCCCCGGAGCCGUCGGGGGGGCGACAGUGACUCGUCACUACUCCUUUUAGAAUCGACAAAAACACGAACGAUUCUGGAACGAAACGGACCUAAAGAAACCAAAGCCGAGAAGAAGCUUCGAAUCUGAGUUUGUGUUUAGACUUUUAGAGUUUUGAAUUUACCAAACGUGUUUCUCAUCUGAAAUAUGAAAUUUAAAGCUGCAUUUUCUGGUCCGUGGAGAUGUUGUCGCUUUGUCUGGAAUGUUCCGCAGUGCGGCAGUAAACCUUCCUAUCGUCACGGAGACCAAACCAGACCAAGUUCCAGGUCAGAUCUGUGGAGAGGCGACGCCGCUCUCCGGUUUUCUACGUCGUCUUGAGCAAUAAAACCACCUGGAAUCGAAUAAACGUUUAAUGUGACACUGUGGAACAUUCCAGACAGAGCAGCGACGUCUCCGUAGAAACGGCACGACAGAAAAGUGACACAGUGCAGCUUUAUUAUUAUUAUUAUUAUUAUGAUUAUGCAAAACGUCGCCCUGUUUGUUUUUCCUGUGAGAAUCAGAUUUAAGUCAAAGAAUCGACCAAAUGAAAAACCACUUUGCACUUUUGCGUCGGUUUAAAAAGAAAAAAAAAAAAAAAGUGGUGCUGUUUUUCGACACGACGACUUUAUGAAAUCUCAGUGUGAGUUUUUGGAGGAUUUUGGACACGUCCGUGACAAAAGCACAAGGAGAUGAAGCUCGUGUUUCUCCCGUAAAUGAAAUGAAAUAAAAUAAAGACGUUUUAAAGGGAGUAGUGACGAGGCUUUUGUGCCAAACGGAAACGUCUCUGCGGGAAAAAACAAACAAACAAAAAAACGUCUCUGAUUUGACUUUGGACUCAUUUCUUGAAGUGCCUUAAACUACUACAGCGACGCAGCGUUUUUAUAGCUUUUAUCAUCAUUCUUUUUGUGUGGGGACUUUGAAUUUUCAGCAAUAAAUGAUUUAAAUAAUUCUUGUUCUAGGAUAUUUUUUUUGAGAAUUUUUGAUCGAUAUUUCAACAGAAACUCGGAGUGAUUCUAUUUAAACGGAGGACGGAGUAUUUCUUCACCAGCACGAGGACUUUUCAUAACUGGAAACCGCCGCGGGAAACGUCGAGACUUUGGGGACGUUUUGGGGACGUUUGAGUCGCAAACGCCGGCUUUGUUUUGUUUUGUUUUUUUCGCUGGUUUUGGAAAUGAACUCAAACUUGGAAAAAAAAAAAAAACCUAUAAAAACAAAUUCCAAAAUGGACUGAGAAAUCUUUAUAAUUUAGCGGAUUUGUUCCUCUUUUUCCGAUCAUUCUGAGCUGAUUUUUGUACAGGUCUGACGCUCGUAGAAUCGUGUUUUGAGUUGAUUUCGUGUGAUGUUUUUUUUUUUUUUUUUUGGUGGCGGAAAUGACGUAGUGUAACCAAUUCUAAAGCGAACAAAGCGCGUGCACAAGCGUCUCGAAGUGUUCAGUUCAAAUCUACAAUAACAUUUGAUAGUGUUUUUUACCUCAGCUUUAAAAUCCUUCGUCUUCCUGCUCGAGGCUAAGCUAACGUGCUAGCUGUUUGCCAAGGAGCUAACAGCGCUAACGGAGCUAACUUUUGUAUUAAUGAUAUAAAUAUAUAUAUUUUAUUUUAUUUUUUUCUCAUGGAUCUAUUAAAUUAACUUUUUCUAACUGAUUUUUCUGCACAGUUCAGACUUAAAGGGCUUUUCCUCCGAAUCACGAUGCCUUAACGCCGCGAUCACCGACCGAACGGCGACUUCGGUUUGUCAAAUCGUCAAAAAGAUUUCAACAAUAAAAAUAAAAACAAUAAAAACAAUAAAACUAUAGUAUUUUACAGUAGUGUUCAUGUAAACAGACAGUUAAGCUACACACUCUGGUCCCGGUUUAGUCCUGGUUCAGUCCAUUUUUACGUUGAGACCAGGUUUAGUUUUUGUUAAAUCCUGGUUUAGUUCAGUUCUUUUUUAAGGCUGAGACAGGGUUUAGUCCUGGUUUAGAUCUGACUUAACCUGGUCUCAACCUAAAAAAAGGACCAAACCAGGACUUAGUUUUGUUUUAGACCUGUUUUAGUUCUGGUUAAACUUGGUUCAGUCCUACUUUAGUUUUUGUUAAAUUCUGGUUUAACUGAGUCCUUUUUUUAGGCUGAAACUGGGUUUAGUCCUGGUUUAGAUCUGACUUAGUCCUGGUUCAGUCCAUUUUUAUGUCGAGACCAGUUUUAGUUUUGUUUUAGACCUGGUUUAGUUCUGGUUAAGGCCUGGUUCAGUCCUGAAUUAGACCUGGUUUAGUUCCGUUAUCAGUCCUUUUUUAGCCUGAGACUGGGUUUAUUUCAGGUUUUGUCCAUUUUAGAUUAAGUCCUGGUUUAGUCCUGGUUUAGUCCUGGUUUAGACCUGGUUUAGUCCUGGUUUAGUCCUGGUUUAGUCCUGGUUUAGUCCUGGUUUAGACCUGGUUUAGUCCUGGUUUAGACCUGGUUUAGUCCUGGUUUAGUCCUGGUUUAGACCUGGUUUAGUCCUGGUUUAGUCCUGGU